GAUCUUUCCACUUACAAACUUCCACCAACAUUUAGGUACUAAACUGAACACCUUCUGCUUUUUACAGGUCACAGGUAGUAGGGCUACCAGGCCAUCUGACAAUGUCCUAUCAUUUUUUUUUCCUGCUUUUUGGAGUCUUGAUUCUCUCCAUCUCAGAAGCUGAGCAUCACAAUGACUUGCCCAAAAUUUCUGACAGACAUAAUCCUGCACAUAACAUAAUUCCUAAUCCAUCUCUUCCAGGCUCAUCUGCAAAACUCAUCUGCCAAAAUCCAUGUCAGAAAGGCUGGAUUAGCUACAAAGGACGCUGCUACAAGCUUAUUGAAGAGAGAAUGACCUGGACCAAAGCUGAGGAAACCUGUUCAGCUGAAAGAGCAGGAAGUCACCUAACCAGCAUCACUAGUGAAGAAGAGAAUGAAUUCCUUCGUAGACUUUCUCAGGGACAAAAGGAAACCAAGCUCUGGACAGGUGGAACUUACCAAAAGGGGUCAUUGUUGAAAUGGAGUGAUGGAUCACUGACAACCUUCAUCCAGAGGCCUCUGUCAUCCAUUUUCAGUUCUGUUAGAAGACUAAUUAACAGUCUGUUUAACAUAAAACUUUGCUUGAGCCUCAAUAUUGGAGGAGAGGGUGAAUGGGACGGCUCUAACUGCAGCAAUAAGCUACCAUUCAUCUGCGUUUACAAACCAAACCUGAAGCACCCUUAA